GUCUGUGACGCGUUGCCGUCUCGCAGUUGCUCAGUUGACGCCGCGUGUCCCGGGCUGGUUUCCGAGGUGCCGCCAGUAGUUAUUGGACCCUCUGAAGACCAUCCCUGGAUCUCGGGCUGAAAAUCUGUAUUCUAAUCUGAACUGUGUGAAGAAGGGUUAGCUGGUUGGUGAUAUUCCUACUUGAAGGACAUCAUGUUUUCCAAACUAGCACGUUUGCAGACUGUUGCUGUCCUUCGUGGAUUUCAUUCUUCAGUGGCUUCUGCUACAUCUGUUGCAACUAAAAAAACAAUCCAAGGCCCUCCAUCCUCUGAUUACAUUUUUGAACGGGAAUCUAAAUAUGGUGCCCACAACUACCACCCUUUACCUGUAGCCCUGGAGAGAGGGAAAGGUAUUUAUGUAUGGGAUUUAGAAGGCAGAAAAUAUUUUGACUUUCUGAGUGCCUACAGUGCUGUCAACCAAGGGCAUUGUCAUCCAAAGAUUGUGAAUGCUUUGAAAAGUCAGGCGGACAAAUUGACCUUAACAUCCAGGGCCUUCUACAAUAACGUGCUCGGUGAAUACGAAGAGUAUGUUACUAAACUUUUCAACUACCACAAAGUUCUUCCUAUGAAUACAGGAGUGGAGGCUGGAGAGACUGCUUGCAAACUUGCUCGUAGAUGGGGAUAUACUGUGAAGGGGAUCCCGAAAUACAAAGCAAAGAUUGUUUUUGCAGCUGGAAACUUUUGGGGUAGAACAUUGUCUGCUAUCUCCAGUUCCACAGACCCAACCAGUUACGAUGGUUUUGGACCAUUUAUGCCGGGUUUCGAAAUCAUUCCAUAUAAUGAUCUGCCUGCUCUUGAGCGUGCACUUCAGGACCCAAACGUUGCCGCGUUCAUGGUGGAACCAAUUCAGGGUGAAGCAGGCGUUGUUGUUCCAGAUCCAGGCUACCUUGUGGGCGUGCGAGAGCUCUGCACCCAGCACCAGGUUCUGUUUAUUGCUGAUGAAAUACAGACAGGAUUGGCCAGAACUGGUAGAUGGCUGGCUAUUGAUCACGAAAAUGUCAGACCUGAUAUGGUCCUUCUAGGAAAGGCACUUUCUGGCGGUUUAUACCCUGUAUCCGCAGUGUUGUGUGACGAUGAAAUAAUGCUGACCAUUAAACCAGGGGAACAUGGUUCAACGUAUGGUGGCAAUCCACUAGGCUGCCGAGUGGCCAUCGCGGCCCUGGAGGUUUUGGAAGAAGAAAACCUUGCUGAAAAUGCAGAGAAAAUGGGUAUCAUCUUGAGAAAUGAGCUCAUGAAGCUACCUUCUGAUAUUGUAACGGCUGUAAGAGGAAAAGGAUUAUUAAAUGCUAUUGUUAUUAGAGAAACCAAAGAUUAUGAUGCUUGGAAGGUGUGCCUGCGACUUCGAGAUAAUGGACUUCUGGCCAAGCCAACCCACGGUGAUAUCAUCAGGUUUGCACCUCCACUUGUGAUCAAGGAGGAUGAGAUUCUGGAAGCCGUGGAAAUCAUUAACAAGACCAUCUUGUCUUUCUGAGGGUGACAGUUUUCAGUGUUGCCUGGGAGCCAGCUGGAGACAGGCAGUUCAUAAAACUCUUGAGUUUCUGCACUUAAUGCGGGCAUAUUCCACUCCCCCAUGUCAAGGGCUUUUAAAGAAAUAUAUGUUUUUCAGUUCAUACAUAAUAGAAUGACAUUUAUCAACGUGCAGUUUGCUGUGUAACAUAACUAAGAGAAUGUCCUGGCAUCUUAUUUUCGAUUAAGAGUGUGUGUGUGUGUGUGUGUGUGUGUGUGCGCGCGCGCGUGCGUGCUUUCUAAGGUGAGAUGCAUCUCUCUAUAUAGACAGCAUUUUAAUCAAGCCCCUCAGCAUAAUUUAUAUAUGUUUUAAUAAUUUCCUCGCUGGUAUAAAUUGUAUUUGAAAAAGUUAUAGGAGAGUAUUGCAUAGAAGAUUAGCUUAACCUCAUAAAGUUGAGUCAUAGUCAUUGUAUUUUAGGAAGGAUUAAUGGUUAAGCUUAUAAAAAAUACUAGAUUUAAGUAAACUCCAUAUUGGCUAGCACCAAGAUGUAUUCUAUGAAUGUCAUUACUUUGAAUUAAGAAUUAUUGUUACAAAAAAAAAGAAUUAUUGUUUAACAUUCCUAGAUUAUGUUUUAUGUUUUAAGUGUUUGAUAUAAUUUGUAAAAAGUGUUUAUUUUCAGUGUUUCUUUAAAUUUAAAAUAAAGCUCAUAUUUAAAAUGUC